GUGAAGGAGCGGCCAGGAAGCUGGGAGCUGCAGCCGGGCCGCACGCAGCCUCUCUGCUUCCUGCGCGAUGCAUUGUGGGAUACUGGAGGACCUCCUCCUCCUUCUCCAGACCCCCACGCUGUAAGUUCACCGGUGCUCUAGCAACUCUUUGCCCACCCAGCCCUCCGGGAUUUGGAAUAGCCUGAAGUGGGGCUGAGACGAGGAGGAGGAAGGGAAGGGGGCUGGAGGGAGAGCAGGCAGGAGGCAGCCGCCUUGGCUGGGAAGAGAGAGAAGCAGCAGUUCCCUGCAGCUUCCCUCCCUCCUGGGAGUCUUUGGCUCCGUGCAAGAGGACAGCGUUGCAUGCAACGUGGCCUGCCUUUGCUGCACACCCUGAUCCCGCCGGUCAUUGCUGGUUGCAGCUGGAGGCUUUGGACCGAGAGGAAGGAGAAGGUGGAAGUUGGGAGAAUGAGGGAGGAAACCAGCAGAAGCAUUUUGGGAGGUACCAGAUGGGGGGAGAAAGAACAGAAAUGAAAAACGGGAGCAAAAUGGAAGAACAGGAAUUAUGGAAUUCAACAAAUAAUGCAGAAAGCAAGAGAGAGAAGUACGUGCUCCCCACGCAGGAAAAAUACCAGUUCAGAACCAGCCUCUCAACCUCAGUGGGAUAUGCAGCCAGGGGAGAAACUAUAUGACUGUUUGGAGUUUGAAAACGGCUUCAGCCAGAGUGGAGAUCUUAUUAAACACCAUAGAACCCACACUGGGGAGAAACCAUAUAAGUGCAUGGAGUGUGGAAAGAGCUACAGCCAUUGUGGAAACCUUACUAAACACUACAGAACCCACACUGGGGAGAAACCACAUAAGUGCAUGGAGUGUGGAAAAAUCUUCCGCUCGAGUGGAGUACUUACUAGACAUUGUAGGAUCCACACUGGGGAGAAACCACAUGAAUGUCUGCAAUGUGGAAAGAGCUUCAGGACACGUGCUAACCUUUAUUUACACAGUAAAAGACACUCUGGGGAGAAACCACAUAGGUGCAUUGAGUGCGGAAAGAGCUUCAUCACAAAUGGACAUCUUAAUACACACCUUAGAAGCCACACUGGGGAGAAACCAUAUAAGUGCAUAGAAUGUGGAAAGAGCUUCAGCCAGAGUGGACAUCUUCAUCUACACCAUAGAAGCCACACUGGGGAGAAACCAUAUAAGUGCAUGGAGUGUGGAAAGAGCUACAGCCAGAGUAGAAACCUUACUAUACACCAGAGAACCCACACUGGGGAGAAACCACAUAAGUGCAUGGAGUGUGGAAAGAGCUUCAGCACAGGUGGAACUCUUUCUUUACACCAUAGAAGCCACACUGGGGAGAAACCACAUAAGUGCAUGGAGUGUGGUAAGAGCUUCAGCAUGAGUGGAAACCUUACUCGACAUCAUAGGAUCCACACUGGGGAAAAACCACAUAAAUGUUUGCAAUGUGGAAAGAGCUUCCUCACGAGCACAGACCUUACUAUACACCAGAGGAUCCACACUGGGGAGAAACCACAUGAAUGUUUGCAAUGUGGAAAGAGCUUCAUCACAAAGAGACAGCUUAAUACACACCUUAGAACGCACACUGGGGAGAAACCAUAUAAGUGCAUGGAAUGUGGAAAGAGCUUCAGCACAAGUGGAGCUCUUUCUUUACACCAUAGAACCCACACUGGUAAGAAACCAUAUAAGUGUUGGGAGUGUGGAAAGAGUUUCAGCACAAGUAGUGAGCUUACUAUACACAAUAGAACCCACACUGGGGAGAAACCAUAUAAAUGCUUGGAGUGUGGAAAGAGCUUCAGGCGGAGCGGAGCUCUUACUAGACACCAUAGAACCCACACUGGGGAGAAACCAUAUAAAUGCUUGGAAUGUGGAAAGAGCUUCAGGAUGAGUGAAAGACUUAAUGAGCACCAUAGAGUGCACACUGGGGAGAAACCACAUAAAUGCUUACAGUGUGGAAAGAGCUUCCGCACACGUCUAAUUCUUAAGAGACACCAUAGAACCCACAUGGGGGGAAACCACAUAAAUGCUUAGAGUGUGGAAAGAGCUUCCGCAUGAGUCUAAUUCUUAAGAGACACCAUAGAACCCACAUAGGGGAGAAACCAUUCAAAUGCUUAGAGUGUGGAAAGAGUUUCAGCAAGAGUGGAAAUCUUAAUAGACACUAUAGAACCCACAUGGGGGAUAAGCCACGUACAUGUUUGAAGUGGGAAGAGUUUCAGCCAGAGCUGAGCUCUUUCAGUGAAGCACAGGACCCACACUGGGGAGAAAGCACAUCAGUGCUUGGAGUGUGGAAAGAGCUUCAACAGAUGGGCACACCGUACGGUACAGCAGAAAGCUCACAGAGGAUAGAAAGAAUCCAUAAACAUAUUUGGAGUCAGUAAAGAGUGACUGUGGAACUUGAGACCUUUUACUAGAAGACCUUUCUCCAUGAUCCUAAUGAGGACCAGUUUAGUGUGUUUUGGGCUCUCUCUCAAUCUAUACUCAUCUUAAUCAUACAAGAGACCUGGUGAUGGCACAUAAUAUGGCCAAAUUGACUCAUUCUUCAGGCAUAUCUAGGGUCAUAUCACAAUGUAUUAUUUUAAAUGUUAAACUGGUCUAAGGACUGUAAUUUACUUACUUACUGUGAAGCAUGGUUUACUGCAUUUCUGUAUUAUCUGUGAUGUAACAGAUGUCUUUUUAAAUUAUUGGUUUUGUAUCUGGAUGUAAUUAUGCUAAUAUAACUGAUAUUCUAUAUAGUUUGAAUCUUCAAUUAAGAAAUAUGUUUUCCCCCACAGUA